AUGACAAAAGUCAGGACAAUUCUAGCAGAAUUUUGCUCACCGAAAGACAUUUUGGCCAUUAAUCGACUUGGGCUGAUCAAACCAGAGGAACGGGAAAAUCAGCCAAUUCCAUGGCGACACAGACUUCCAAUUGCAGAAAGGAGAGGGUUCGUUCUGUCAGAAAUGAGAGCAUCAUUAAAACCGCCAUCAAAAUUGACCACCAGAGACAAGACCAAAGUGGUGGAAGCGGCGAGAUCCUCGGUGGACUCCAAGAUGGGCGAAUGUCUUUUAAAUAACCAAACCAGACAAGAUACAAGUCUAGGAUCUAGGAUCGGGAAACUCAACAGAGAGAAAAGACGGACAGAGAUUACACAUCAACAAGCACAGGAGAUCUUCAUGAAAGGAUCAAGAACUCUACGACUUGAGCCUUUGAUACUGGUAGAGAGGUCACCCUCUGAGCAUGCAUUUUACGAAAGCGAUGAGGGAAAAGACUCUGAAAUUCCUAAGUUACCAGGAUACAUGCGUCCUUUACGAACUGGACGUAAAACUCCGUCUAUGUUAACUACCAUUGAAGCAUUCACCCUCGAAACCAAAAAGAAGAGAAACAUUUGGGAAGAAGUCCUGCAGGAGAAAGAGACGCCCAGAUUUAAGAGCUCUACAAUGCCAACAAUACGGCUUUCAGAGGAAGAGGUGAGCCAGCUUCAACUAGGGCACAUGCUUCAUAAACCAACCAAAGAAAGCAUCUGCGGGAAGAGAUUUCGUGGAAGCAGCAGUAGCCUAACCGAUGGAAGACUGGGGAAGACUGGUGCAUUGAGAACGCCUGAAGUCAAAAAGGAUUCAUUGCUAGUUGAAGCAGAGCCAGAAUCUGAGCUAUCAUGUUUUAUCACCCAGCUGCCUCAGAACUGUUUUGAGAAACAGCACGUGAAGCAGGAGCCUUCGGUUUCCAAGAGACUGUCAAAAUCAAUGCUGUCCCUGUGA